AAACGUGUUUUUGACAAAUUGAGAAAUUUAAUUUAAUAUUGCUUCAUUUUCGUGUAACUGCUGAACAACAAUAUACAUUACAAUGUUAAUGUUUUGUCCUACCUGUGGAAAUUUGCUGCUAGUGGAAGAAGGAACUGAUUCUCUACGCUUUUCUUGCAACACAUGCCCAUAUAUCUGCAAGAUAAAGCGAAAAAUAUCCACCCGUAUCUAUCCGAAAUUGAAGGAAGUGGAUCAUGUUAUGGGCGGUGCUGCAGCCUGGGAGAACGUAGAUUCAACUGACGCCGAUUGUCCCGCGUGUGCCCACAACCGAGCCUAUUUCAUGCAGAUGCAAACUCGGUCCGCCGAUGAACCUAUGACCACAUUCUACAAGUGCUGUAACCCCGUUUGUGGUCAUAACUGGAGAGAAUAG